AUGGAGGGCUUGUCAUAGGUUCAUUUAUUGGCACUGGGAUAUUUGACAAAUUAAAAACUAAGCACAUAGUAACAAUAAGUGUAUUAUGUUGCAUCCUAAGUUUAUCUUUAUUUAUUCUAACCAAAAAUUUAUUUCUUCUAUUUUUAUCUAGAUUUUUAACAGGAUUCUUUUAAGUAUGCAAUACUAAUUUAUUUGGUGUUUUUAGUAGUUUUUUUCCCUGUUUGGAUAGAUUUAUUCGGUGAAAACAACAAGACUUUGUGGUUGACAUACAUGUAAUUGGGAGUGGCCUUAGGAACUGUGUCUGGAUAUUUAGUGACUUCAUUAUCACUUCAUUUUUCAUAGAAUGUAAUGUAAAUUUAAACUAUUAGUGGGUAUACCCUUAUUAUUUGUAAAUACUAUUAUUAAUACCCUGUUUUUUGUGUUAUAGUUUCUGUGAUGAAGCAAUGUUAUCUACAUAAGAUUAGGAAUAAGCAAAUGUAAAAAAGGAGAAUUUUAAGACUGUCUUUAUGCAAAACUUAAAAACCUUUUUGUCUAACCCUGUUUUUGUGUUUUCGAUGUUAUCAUUAAGUUCUUUAUUUUUUGUUGUAACAGGAGUCUAAUUUUGGAUAACAGAUUAUCUUAGGAAUGUAUUUUUAAUGCCUCAUGAAGUUGUAUUUAAAUCAUUUUUAAUAAUAUCAUUAACUGCACCUCUUAGUGGAGUAUAUUUGGGAGGAUUAAUCCUACAUAAUUUUGGAGGUUAUGAUGGAUAGAUGGCAAUCUAAAUUGCAGCUUUUGAAGCCCUGUUAGCAAGUGUAUCAGGAGCAUUCAUUCCUAUUCUAAAUAAUGGAGCCUUUGUAUUGCUUUUCCUAUGGUUUUUACUCUUCUUUGGUGGAAGUGCUGUUCCAGCAAUCAUGGGCAUUAUGAUUACUUCAAUUCCAAGAGAAUAAAGAUCAAGUGGGAAUUCAUUGAGUCAUUUAUUUUAAGAACUUUUAGGAUAUUUGCCAGCACCAGUUCUUUAUGGUUUUGUAUAAUAAUAGACUGGAGGAUCUACAUCUCGUUGGGGAAUGAUUCUUCUCUCUACUAUUGGAUUUUGCGGAUUAUUCUACAUAGUAUUAGCAAUCUAUUGGAAAUCAAAACAAGUAAAAUAGUUGGACACUAGUAUUAAUGAAUCAGAAUUAAGAGAUAAAGUUCCUUAUUUAAAUCCAGUUGAUUAGGAUGAUUAAAUAUAGAAGUCUAAUUUUGCUCAGUUUCGAAUGCAGACUUCUGUAUAAUCAGGAAAAUCAAUUACAAUUCCCAUAUAAUCGGAUCAAAUUAAUAAUGAGAUUUAAUUUGACAAUUAAACUCCUUUGAUAAAUAGAAAUCAAACUUUCAAAACAAGAUUUGCAUAUUAGAGGUAAGCAUCUGUUUCUUAAGCUUUAUCCAAUUUUUCAAGCCUUGUUGGCAGAGGCAGUCUUGAUAGUGAUUUGUUUUCUAUUAAAAAUGAUUAGGAUAGGAAAAGGAUGGAAAAAUAUACAAAAGAAAUUGAGCUAUAGGUGGCUGGUGGUUACUAUUUAGUAAGUGAAGGAAGAUAUGUAAAAUUUGAAGAACAUUGA